AUGGCUGCUCUCGUUCAAUCAUACCCCCAAUCGUCCAGCACCGUUACCAUGCUUCAGACCCGUCCUUCUUCUGCCUCCGGUAUACUCCAGAACUCCUCGCCGAGCCAGUCUCACCACCAAUACCCAACGAAUACGUCACACGUGCAACGAAAUAGCUUCCACGGACUGAACAACGGGAUGGGGGUGUCAAACUAUCGUGGGCAAACAGCGGUAGCACCGAUUGCACCGUAUGCCUUCACCAGCACGCCUAGUUUGUCUGUGCUGGGGCAGAGAUCCCAGAGUGCUCCUCAUCUCCAACCACAGCAGCGGACCUCUUCAGCCCCUAUAAUUCCAACAGUACAGCAGCCCGAGUCUAGUAACAACAACGCUCCUAGAUCUCGGUAUCCUGCUGCUGCUUCAGUAUCUACAACAUCCUCCGGAUCUUCUGAACUCUCUACAGCGAGUCAAAAGUCCGGGUCGAGGGAUGAUUCGGGCAUCGUUGGCACCGCUCGUGUUGCAUCAGGGGCCGGUCGACCCCUAUCAACCGUGAUAACAUCUUCCAGCGGCAACCUGGCCCCUCCUGGUGCGGCGUCCCCAGUGAAGACUACUCCUGAUCGGUACCGUCGACCAAACAAUCGUCGGGCAGACUCCGCUACGACUAGUUCACCAUCAACUUCCCAAACCCCACCAGCUGCCACAUCUUCAGCAAUGCCGAAUGUCAUGCAGUUUUAUGGAGGCAGUACACAACCGGCGAUUCCAAGCAUGAGUUCAUUUGAUUUGCAAAUGCCACAAUUUUCAAAACCAGCUGGAACCCUCGGAACCGCUGCGGAUGAUAUGCAAUUGCACCGAAUCAGCAGUUCAGACCAAGCCAAGAGGUAUCGCCGAAGGAGCAUUCAUACAAUUGAUGUAGGCGGAUUUUCUCAAGGACCGACGGGUUCCUCGCUAGGAUUCUUGCAGCAAGGAUCAAGAGAAGUUAGCAGUGCCGAUGGUAGGAUUGACCAGCAAGGGCAUCCUUUACGCAGCUCACCUAUUGUCACGAUUCGACCGGCAUCCUCGCAGGGACUCAACGGCAGCUCAGAGAGUGUCAACUCCACUCGUAGCAGCCAGCAUUCACGACCAAGUUCGGCCAACAAGCGAGAAUCCAACAUAUCCAUGGCGCCUGCGAACCCCGCCUCCGCUUCUGCCUCUACUCCAACAAAGAACCUCGCCGCCAAUGUUCCCAAAGAUGACACCCCCAAACUUGUAAACAUUCCUCCUCGGGGUUCGUCAGCCGAUGCUGGGAAACGAAUUGGCAAGUCUUCUCCUUUGUCCAAGCCGAUGACCAUGAGCCCCGAGCCCUCGGCUUCCAAGGACUCAUUUGCAUCGGCGGUUAACGCAGCCCUGCAACAACCAGCCAAACCAACAUAUGCGCAGGUCGUGAAUGGUGCAAAUGCCAACAGUCCUGCUGCGCAGCAAUUGGCUGCCUUGAAUGAUAAGGAUAGCAAAAAGAGCAAAACUUCGCGAUUACGAAGAGCAUUUUCGUUUGGUAGUGCAGCGGAAUUACGUAGGGCAUCCGCAGAGAAUAGCGCGGCCAACAAUGCAGCAUCUGCGAAUGCAGCGGAGCGUGCGAAAUUACGAAAAGACAAAUACCAAGAUGAGCAAGAUGCUGAGCAGGCUAGAAUUGCGGAGCAGCAAGAGGCUGGCGGUAUCGGAUCGGGAAUAUACUCUGGGCAAGGCAGGUUCUUCAGCGGCUCGACAGAUAACCUCUCCAUUUCCUCGACUGCGUCAUCAGCCUCCGUUAUGAUAAGGAAGAUGGGCAAGGGAAUGAAAAAAUCCACACGAUCUCUUGUUGGGCUCUUUAGACCAAAAUCUGUUAUCGGUGUUCCUGCGGCUGACUCUGCUUUGCCAGAAGUCAGUCAGGCUCAGGUAUCGAUGGUAACAGUCGAAGCGGAGAGAGAGAAGGUCAACAUUAACGCAAGCCCUCACGAUCAAGUUGGAGGAGGCACUGGGUUUCCCAGACUAGAGAGAAACUCUCUUGAUGCUGUCACCAGUGCCGGUAUCCCUGAUCGCUUAGGGAGCUCUUCAACCAAUGACUCGGCGGCUCGACCCAGCAUCGUAGGAGGAGAGAAGGAGCGUGCUGAAGUGCUAGCGGCAGUGAAGAAAGGCAUUCUAAAGCGUCAGUCACCAAGUGCAAAUCCAUUGACAUUUCUGACAAAUAAAAUAGGCACUGGCACAGACUCUGGCAACUCCUCUCCUGUUAUUCGGCCCCUCGAUCAGAAGUCUCCUAACUUCCAAUUACCGCAAAUCCCGAACGUGAACGAAUCCCCAAACUCAUCCGCCCCCAGCACACCAAAUGACGAGAAUCAAGGACACCGACGAACUGGUUCGGUGACGUUGGGUGGAGAGGAUUAUUUCAUGUCUGCACUGCGGUUCCGUGGUGAUUCAAAGAGCGUGCCCAAUACUCCUCAAGGUGUCAGCAAACGAAAUGCUACAUUCAGUCCCCGUAUCCAGUUUCAUGACACAUGGCCAAGCGGCGAAUACGAUAGACGAGGUGAGAUUGCUACCUGCAACCGAUUAACGCCAAUGCUGGCUCAGCAAAUCAAAGAAGAGCUCAACACUUUCAAGAUGGAAAUGGAAGUUCACGAGAACUCUAAAAUAUACACACAUUUUUUCUAA